AUGGCUGCAGACGCCCAAGAAGUAAAAGUAUACACUGUUAAUGGUGCCGCGGCAGGCUCCUCAUCAUCUCUACCCGACUGGCUCACUCGAAAACGAGCUGGGAAAGGAAAACGCGCUGUGCGGGAACACUUCGAAGGGACUAUUGAGCUCAUUCAGGGCUUUGAAUUCCCAGAGGCCAGCAAUCGUAUCAAAACUACACGAGAUGGUACCCAUGCCAUUGCUACCGGGACCUACAAACCUCAAAUGAGGGUAUGGGACUUGAGCCAGCUGUCUCAAAAAUUUGAACGGCAUACGGAUGCAGAAAAUGUUGACUUUGUUAUGCUGUCUGACGACUGGACCAAAUCAAUACAUCUACAAAAUGACCGUACGAUCGAGUUACACACGCAAGGCGGUUUUCAUUACCGGACACGAAUACCACGGUUUGGACGCUCACUUGCGUACCAUUUCCCUUCGUGUGACGCCCUCUUUUCUGCAUCCGGUAAUGAAAUAUAUCGCCUCAAUCUAGAUCAAGGUCGAUUUAUGACACCUUUGGUCCUGCAGGCUGAUGAAGAAAUCGCUGGAGUGAACAUUAUUGAUGUCAACCCGGCGCAUCAGCUGUGGGGCUUUGGGAUAGACGGCAGUGGUUCGGUUCAUUUCUGGGACCCCCGAUCGAGAUCUUGCUUAGGUAUCCUGCGAAUACCGACGAGUAGACUUUCGACGCCAGAUGUUGUUAGUGUGACGGCGUUGUCGUCUCGUGAUGAUGGGCUUACUUACGCGGUGGGAACGUCGACUGGCCAUUCACUGUUAUAUGAUAUUCGGGCAGCGCGGCCGUUUGCCAUAAAGGACCAGGGCUACGGGCUUCCUGUGAAAAGCCUCCUGUGGAUCGAGGGUGGUAGCCGUAUGGCUGGCGACGGCAUGAUCCUCAGUGCCGACAAGAAAGUAAUCAAAAUCUGGGAUCGAAAUACGCCCUCAACCAACUUCGUUUCUAUCACACCUGCCACUGACCUUAAUCACGUUCACCAUGUUCCUGGAAGUGGGCUUCUAAUGACUGCCAACGAAGGUAUUCAAAUGGGCACUUACUUCAUUCCGCAACUCGGACCUGCACCACGGUGGGCUAGCUUCCUUGAGAACAUUACGGAGGAGAUGGAAGACCAGACCCUGCGGUCUGUUUACGAGGAUUACAAGUUUGUCGAGAGAAAGGAAUUGUCAACAUUGGGCCUAGACCACCUAGUGGGUACGCCUGCCUUGAAGCCAUACAUGCACGGAUACUUUGUCUCGCUCAAGCUUUACGAGACGGCUCGUCUCAUCGUUAAUCCAUUUGCAUACGCUGAACACCGAGAGAAGAUGGUCCACGAAAAGAUGGAAAAGAUGGCCGAGACCCGUAUCCGGACGAAGAAGGACGUUGGCGUCAAGGUGAACAAAGCGCUAGCGGAGAAAAUACUGAAAGAGGAGGAGCGCGCCUUGAAAAAGAAGCGCAAAGCGGCAGAGAGAAAGGGCGAGAACGAAAUGGAUGUGGAUGAGCCAGCCAGCCAACAAAAGAAACCCAGUUUGCUGAGUGACCCGCGGUUCUCCCAAGUGUUUGAAGAUGCGGCGUUUGCAAUUGACGAGACCAGCCGGGAGUAUGCGCUGCUGAAUCCCUCGUCGGUGGCGCAGUCUAGAAUCGGCAAGAGCAAGACUGCGGUUGAAGACGAGGAAGAGGAGAGCGAUAAAUCUUCAUCUGAUGGUCUUGGCAAUAGCGAAGACGACAGUGACGACGGAAGCGAGAGUGGAAGUGAUAGCAGCGAUGCCGGCGAGCUUACCAAAUUCGACCGACGAGCGCGUCCUGGACAACAAAAUGUUCGUGCCAAAGAAGCCUAUGACCGAACUCGACAGCAAAAUCGGGUGGCAAAUGUCAAUAUGGUACCGAUGCGUGUGCAAAAUGGUCCUCGGAGCAUGGAUAAGGACGCCACCUUUGGCCAACGCCGCAAAGGUCCGUCUAAGGCCGCACCUCGGUCGAAUCCACUCGAUAGCGAGGUGGAGCUCAGCUGGGUACCUUCGAACGCUGGUCAGAAAUCUGGUGCCAAGUCUCAGCAGAAACGCAAAGGUGUCGAAACCUUCGGCGCCGGCCUUGAACGCGGUGGCGAACCCAUGGCCGAGGUGGCAGAGCAUGACCGUAAAGGCCGAACCCAACGCAGACAGGGCGUACGGAGUGGAAGUAAAAAUGUAUUCCGAAGAAUGUGA